GGACGGGGGAGAAGAUGGCCCUGACCACACUUUCCUGUUCCUACCAGCAGCUCACGUUGCUCGGUGAGCUGACCCAGGUCUUUCUAGCUUCAAAUGCUGAUCCUAGUAAGGACCUCGACGACAGAAAGCUUGGGAGUUACUCAGAUCUCUUUCUAUCCUUUUGAUUCAGGUGCCUUCCUGACGAGCGGGUACGAUAUGACCGUCAAGCUUUUCUCAUCCGAAACAUUGAAACCAUCUGCCACUUUCGACCUUGGAUCCAUCGUGUACUCGCACGCAAUGUCUACAGUCUCUAGACACCUACUCGUUGCAUGCGCCGGUCAGCAUCCUGCCGUACGCUUGGUUGACCUACGCUCCGGAUCAAGUGCGCACUCUCUGGCUGGUCACGCCGGGUCAGUCUUGUCUGUGGCGUGGCAUCCGAAGAAUGAGAACGUGCUUGCAAGUGGUGCAAGUGAUGGCACAUGCCGGCUCUGGGACAUUCGAAGAAGUGCAAGCAGUCUGGGCGUACUCGACAUGACCGAUAGUGCCGGUAUCGUAGGUUACAACGGCAUCGGAACCGGCGCUCGUCGACGUGAGCGAGGAAAAGCACACAAUGGUGCCGUAAACGGCAUCACGUGGUCAUAUGAUGCCAGAUACCUCGUCACGGUUGGGCAUGAUGAGCGAAUGCGCGUGUGGAACAUGCUUACGGGCGCGAACACGCUAGCUAGUUUCGGGCCAUCUUUGAGGAACACCACGACGACACUCCUAACACCUGCUAUCGCUCCGGCACAUUUUUCUCCUCCAGGGACCGAUAUUGUCUAUUACCCGAACCCUGGUGAGAUUCUCGCAUUUGGCAUGCAUGACGGGACACUGUUGAGACGACUGCGAAUACCAACCACUCAAAUGCGACGCUUCGAAGGUGGCAGCAUUCAUAACUUAAACACAAGGACCAGCGCUCUGGCUUGGCGUCCACACAAUGUGGAGCUUUACUCGGCUCAUACAGAUGGAUCAAUUCGGAGCUGGCGACCUCGUACCGACGAAGAGAUCGCACUUGACAAGGAAGAUGAAGAUUCGACUUGGACCGACGAUCAUGAUGCGGCAGAGAGAAAGCGGAAGCGGGACAACUUGGACCAAAUCGUCCGCGACGUCACAGGGCGGAAGGUAGCCUAUAUGUGAUUGACAUCGUGAAAAGCGAUACUUGUUGUCCCGCAGAAGGCCUCCCAAAUCUAGGUCGUCGAACCGGAUCCGCGUGUCGGUUAAUCUGUUAGUAUAGCCCAUCCUAGCAACCACUAUGCUUCGAGCCCGAUGCCACUGCUGCUGCUACGGACUGGUAAUCGAAGCGAC